UAUAUGUAUGUAUAUAUAGCGUUUAUCACCAUAGCUAACACACUUGAGCGACGCACAUACGUGGUGUCAGACAUUUAGACAAUAGCUGCUAUCACAACAAUAUACAUACAUAUAUAAACCACCCAAAAAAAACGGGAUUAAAUUAUUUACACAACUGUUAAGCCUAUUGUUAGCCAUCUAUAUAGGAGUAUAUCAUUUGAAAAUUCUGUUUUCCAAAACAGUUUAUGUUGAGCUUUGAGCCUAGCAAAAUGCGUUUCAUGACAGUUGUGACCUUCUUAUUUUUGAGCCUAAGUUUAAGUCAAAUUAAUGCGGUCAAAACUAAAUACACCAUAAUUGAGAAGGAAUGGUCUUGGGAAGAACCCUUAGAACAUAGUGACGUUCAUGUUGAUAAUGAUAAUGAUGACGUUGAUUAUUAUCAAGACCAUAAUAAUAUCCAUGGAGGAAUUCACGAAGAAUCUGUUUCUUCCUUAUUAUCAAAUGGCAAUCUCGACAGUGAUGACAGUGAAGAGGAAGAUGACUGGGAAUUCGUUGCCAAAAAUGGUAAUAAUAUCGAUGCCGAUUCGGAGAAUGAGGAGACUUGUGAAUAUAGCUGCCCUCGGUAUUAUCGUCCUAUUUGUGUGCGACGUAACGGUGAAUUGGUAACUUUCUCCACUCCUUGUGAGUUUCACAAUCAAUUGAGGUGCGCCAGUGUACUUAAACGUCAAGGAAAAUCAGUGCCCAGUUAUCAAUAUCUGUAUAAUGGUGCUUGCUAAAUAAAAUAUAGUAUAUGUAUGUAG